UGUUUUCUCUUAUUUAUAAAGGCAUAUUUAAAGGUAAAAUUAAUAACAUGUUUUAUUGAUAAAAUCUUUAUUUGAACGUGUGUUUCUCCGGCGCCUGCUCAGUCAGACUUCAGUCUCCUCCUCCACUCAUGUGUAAAGAUAAUAUUUGUAUCAGCUGACGCUUCUCCUUUGUCAUGUGGGAGUUAGCUCGGAGGCUAACAGCUAACGGCUAAUCAAUAGUAACCAUGGCUGAGAGCCGGUCCACACCGGGACAGCGACGCGGCGUCACCGGACCACGAUAACGUCUAUCCACCGGCGGCGACCUUCUCGCCCCCCCCCCCCUUCCUCACACCCCCACAGCCCCCCGACCCGCCACUAUCUGUUCAGUUCAGUGUACAGUCGCUCGAUUAUCUCUGCGACUUUUGCCCCUCUCUAUCCCGCCGCGGCUCCUGCUAGCCGGCUAGCCCGUUAGCUGAUUAGCCGUUAUAAGGCAGCGCCGCUGACCCGGAGGCUAAUUGCUAACGGCUAGCUGCUAAGUGUCGGAGCGACUGGCUGCACUGGGCGGACAACAGCGGGAUGUGCGAUGGCAUCGGUUCGGGUGGCGGUCCGGGUCAGGCCCAUGAACAGGCGGGAAAAAGACUUGACGGCGAAAUGCAUCAUCAAGAUGGAAGGAAACAAAACCUCUAUCACCAACCUGAAGAUCCCCGACGGCAUCGCCGGAGACUCGAUGAGAGAUCGAACCAAAACCUUCACGUACGACUUCUCCUACGAUUCGUCCGACUGUAAAAGCUCCACCUUCGUCUCUCAGGAGAAGGUUUUCAGAGACCUGGGCUCUGACGUGCUGAAGGCGGCGUUCGAGGGCUACAACGCCUGCGUCUUCGCCUACGGCCAGACGGGCUCAGGGAAGAGCUACACCAUGAUGGGAAAUCCAGGCGACGCAGGUUUGAUCCCGAGGAUCUGUGAAGGUUUGUUCAGUCGAAUCUCUGAGUCGACGCGAUGGGAUGAAGCUUCGUUUCGUACAGAAGUCAGCUACUUGGAGAUUUACAACGAGAGAGUCCGAGACCUGCUGAGGAGGAAAUCCACUCAGACCUACAACCUGAGAGUCCGAGAGCACCCCAAGGACGGACCGUAUGUAGAAGAUCUGUCCAAACACCUGGUGCAGAACUACAGCGACGUGGAGGAGCUGAUGGAGGCCGGAAACAUCAACCGCACCACGGCCAGCACGGGCAUGAACGACGUCAGCAGCCGCUCGCACGCCAUCUUCACCAUCAACUUCACACAGGCCAAGUUCGACGCAGAAAUGCCGAGUGAAACCGUCAGUAAGAUCCACCUGGUGGAUCUGGCUGGCAGCGAGCGAGCCGACGCCACCGGAGCCACCGGCGUCCGACUGAAAGAAGGAGGAAACAUCAACAAGUCGCUGGUCACGCUGGGAAACGUCAUCUCCGCUCUGGCCGACAUGACGCAGGACGCCGUCAACACCAACCUGAAGAAGAAGUCGGUGUUUGUCCCCUACAGAGACUCGGUGCUGACGUGGCUGCUGAAGGACAGUCUGGGCGGCAACUCCAAGACCAUCAUGAUCGCCACCGUUUCCCCUGCUGACGUUAACUACGGUGAGACCCUGAGCACUCUGCGCUACGCCAACCGAGCCAAGAACAUCAUCAACAAGCCGACCAUCAACGAGGACUCCAACGUCAGGCUGAUCCGAGAGCUGCGGGCGGAGAUCGCCCGCCUGAAGGCGCUGCUGGUUCAGGGCAACCAGAUCGCUCUCCUGGAUUCACCCACUGCUCUGAGCAUGGAGGAGAAACUUCACCAGAACGAAGCCAGAGUCCUGGAGCUGACUAAAGAGUGGACCAACAAAUGGAACGAGACGCAGAACAUCCUCAAGGAGGAGACUCUGGCUCUGAGGAAGGAGGGGAUCGGCGUGGUGCUGGACUCGGAGCUGCCUCACCUCAUCGGCAUCGACGACGACCUGCUCAGCACCGGCAUCAUCCUGUACCACCUGAAGGAGGGACGGACGUACGUGGGCAGAGAGGACGCGUCCUCAGAGCAGGACAUCAUCCUGCACGGUCUGGACCUGGAGAGCGAACACUGUAUGUUUGAGAACCAGAACGGGACGGUGACUCUGGUGCCGCUCGGCGGAGCUCAGUGCUCCGUUAACGGGGUCCAGGUGACGGAGCCGUCGCAGCUCAACCAAGGUGCUGUGAUUCUGCUCGGCAGGACCAACAUGUUCCGCUUCAACCACCCAAAGGAAGCCGCCAAGCUGAGGGAGAAACGAAAGAGUGGCCUCCUCUCCACCUUCAGUCUGUCGAUGACGGAUCUGUCUAAGUCCUGUGAAAACCUCUCCACUGUGAUGCUCUACAACCCGGGUCUCUUCACUGAGAAGGGCCCCGUCUUCCUCAGGUUGGAGUUUGAGAGACAGCAGCGAGAAGAGCUGGAGAAACUGGAGCUGAAAAGGAGGCUGAUUAAGGAGAUGGAGGCGAAGCAGCAGAGUGAGAAGGCAGAGCUGGAGCGCCUCCAGCAGGAGGUGGAGAGUCAGCGGAAAGAGUCCGAGGAGGUGCACCAGCGAAUCCUCCGUCAGGAGGAGAGCCUCCGCCGCCGCAGCCAGGACAUCGAGAGCCGCCUGCGCGACUUCCUGGCCGAGAAGGAGCGCUUCGAGGAGGAGAGACGCUCCGAAGUCCAGGCGGUGGACCCUCAGUGGCGGCGGAGGAAGCAGCAGCAGGAGGGCGAAGCAGAGGAGGAGCAGGACGAGGAGCAGCGGCUGCAGCAGGAGGCCGCAGAGCAGACUGAGAUCUACCGCGAGCUGGAGAGGCUGAAGAGGGAGCGCGAGGAGCAGAAGGUUCGUCUGGAGGCCGAGCGGCGGCGGCUGGAGGAGCAGGAGCGGGAGCAGCUGAGUCUAGUGGGGAGGCUGGAGGAGCAGCUGAGGGAGAAACACGAGGCAGCCGCUACGCUGCUGACCCGGGAGGACGCCCGCCGCCUGGAGGAGGAGCGCCGGGCGCUGGCCGAGAUCAGAGGAGGGCUCCUCCGCGCCAAAGAGGCCGGAGAGCGGCCAGACGUGGAGGAUGCCGGCGAGGAGGCGAGAUCUGCCCAGGCUCGGUACACAGACUUUAAGGCGGCUCAGGUGAAGGAGCUGGGUCAGCUGGAGGAGGGGCUCCGGCAGCAGAGGGAACGCCUGGAGAAGGAGGUCGCCACGGAGCGUAACACGGUGCUGCUCCUCGCCCACGGCCUCAAAGAAAGACAGCAGCAGCUGAAGGAGACGCAGGAGAAGGGGGCGCAGGAUGCUACAGCCAUCUGCCAGGAGGAGCAGCUGGUCAAACAGGCGGAGCACAGGCUGCAGUUUAAGGAGCGGCAGCUGGCCAACCUGACCGACGGCCUCCUCCCCGCGCUGGCCGAGGAAAAGCAGAGAGCCACAGAGAUGUUGGAGCGCAGCGGAGGAGGCAGCAACGGGAACUGCGACAGUCCACCGGGACUGGACAACACGCUGUACCAGGUGGAGAAGGAGCUGGAGGACAAGGAGGAGAAACUGAACCUCCACUGGCACAGUGCUCAGCAGCUCCAGCAGCUCCAGGAGACCUACGAGUUCACGGCCAACGUGGCCCGGCAGGAGGAGAAGGUGAGGAGGAAGGAGAAGGAGAUCCUGGAGUCCAAGGAGAAGCAGCAGAGGGAGGCGAUGGAGGAGGCGGUGGCCCGGCUGGAGAGGAGGCACUCGGCCCUGAGGCGCAGCGUCUCCCUGGAGCCCGACACCGAGGAGCAGAGACACAAGAGCUCGGUCCAGAGGAACCUGAGGGGGUCCGACCUGGACCAGCAGAGAGUGGAGCGGGAGAUCCAGAAGCUGAGGCAGAGGAUCAGCGAAGGGGAAGAAAACAACAGGACUCACUCCAUCGGCAACGACGAGAAAACCAGCUCUCCAGUCAGCCACAUCCAGAGUCUGAACACACUGCUGCCGCUGUCAGACGACAGGAUAAACGCGUACAUUGAGGAGGAGGUGCAACGACGCUUACGUAAGAUGAACCUUCUGAACGGCAGCAGCAACAUGGAUCUGUCUGAGUCCUGUGAAUCUCUCAGGGAGGAGGAGGAAGUUAGCGACUGUAGCUCUGUUAGAUUAACAGAUGAGUCUUAUUCUUUACAGGAUGAUGAAAAGUUGCAGAACAUUAAUCCAAGGAGGCUUAAAUAUGAGAGAACCUGUGGGUUGUGGUCUAGCUUCCUGCCUGCAACGGAGCUUGAGGCAUACAUUCCUCCUAAGGUCGAGGAAACCACAUCAGAAGAAAACGACCUCUUAAAGCUUCAGAGAGAAGAUAAAAAAGAAUCCACAGCUGAGGUCUUGAUUGAAAAAGAAGUGCCUGGUAAAGAUGAUGGCAAAUACUCAAGGUGGCAAGGAAGAGUGAAUAUUCCUCUAGGAGAAGCUAAUCGUUGUGGCACUGGACAGGACAAGUUAUUUUGCAUCAACUUGACAAACAAGAACAACAGAUUAGAUGAAAAUGAGAAUAUCACUGAUAAAAGAAGAAACGAUUCUGCCCACUGUGUUCCUGAUGACGUUAAAAAGGUUGGAGGCGGAGUUAAAAAGUUGCUUGUGAAUGAAUCUUACUCAAAGGAAAAAGUCAAACACCAAACAUGUGACACAGGGGUUGUAGAAGAUGCAGAGCUGUCUGGUGAUUAUUUGUCAGAGUCGCAAAACUCUGUCAAUGUUGACACCACAUCUAAGCAGAAGUCUGAGGAGUCUGUUAAUAAUCAAAUAAAAGAAGAGACAAAGACAAAAGCUGAGAAAGUGGCGGCCAACAGGAGCUAUGCUUUGGGAUAUUUUGCUGGAAAACUGUCCAAGGCGUACAAAGAUGCUGGUAGAAGGCUACAGGGCACUCGAGACAUCAUUCGAAAUGUUGGAGUGGGUGAAAUGAAGAUUGUACUCUCUCAUUACGUGACCAUGAUGUCCAAAGAACUGCCACUGAUUCAUCGAGUGCAGCUGAAACCACAGCCAGAAUCCUGCAUGCACAUAGAAAACAAGGUCCGUUUGGUUGAUCUGUCGAGGGAUUGUGCCCUUAAUCUUCCCCAGAAUACCGGCAGGUCUACGAUCCCAGGUAUCUCAGGAUGGCCCGUGGGAUCUGUGUCCUCUUUCAAAAACACCAGUCCUGAAGUGUUUUAUCAGAGGCUGGUCGAGCUGCCACCAGCCUUGUCUCAGCUACAGACAUUUUCAUCCCGGGAGAUUACAGAAAAGUUGGAAUCUCUGUCUCCUCAAAUGCAAGUUGGCAAACUUCUUAGUAUCUUCUGGCUCAAAACAGCCAGCACUAAGCAACCUGUCCCAAACCCUGGGUGCUUGCUUUUGUCCAAAAAGGACAUAAUUGUAGUCUCAGCUGACACAGAUUCUGAAGACACCUUGGCUAUUUCUCAUCAUUUUAAUCUCCUUGAAAUCAAGAAAGUCCAGAUUGGUUUGGCGGGGCAGCAUGUUCGUAUAAUCAGCUGUACCGAAGACGCCGUCUUGGCUGUCUUCACCCACAGCAAAGAGCUCACCCAGGAGUUCUGUAAGGCUUUGUUGAAGACUCUGGCUCCUGAAAAGUUCUCUGAAGGGACUGAAAGUCACCCGUUACUUUCUGAUGACCUCAUGGUCCUCUCUCUGGACUGGAUGUCAAGUGCUCCUGACAUUUUCCUGGACAGAGGUCUUCACGUCACCUCCAGGUUCAAGCGAGUCCUCGCAGACUUGCUCUACAUUGUCCACGGGAACAUAGAUGGUCCUAGCAAACCUUCCCUGGCUGAUGUUUGUCCUCUGCUCUACACCAGUGUCAAGGUCAAGAACUCCACCCGAGUGCAUCAGGACACCAUCUUCCAGUUCCUCAUGACCGACACUCACGUAGCUCUUCUCCGGGAGGAUGGCGUCUUUCACCCGGCGCCGCGGGGCACUAGCCUGAUCCCUGUACACCCCCAAUUUCAGGGACUUGAACUCCGCAAGCGAUCAGACAUCAGGUGCCUGCUUGUGAGGCAGAAUGACAACUGCCUGGUGGUAGAGAUCAUGUUUACAACUCACAAACCACAACCUCAACAGAAGAAGGUGGAGCUGGAGCUCGGCUCUGCUGAAGUGCCCUCCAACUCUGAUCACAGUCAUGAGUGUGAUUCCUGGAAACUUUGCUUUGGUUGUACCUCAGAAGCUGUGAUGUUGAUUAACCACCUGUGUACAUGAGUUACACACAUAAUGGUGGACUCUACCUGAAUUCAUGUAUGAAUGCAGUUUACUCCACUUCCAGUGUCCAAGUGUUUCAUUCUCAUUUCUCUUGAAAUGACACCUCAGUUGUUUCAGGAUGUGUUUAAAAAAGUUCAGAGAUAUUGUCUGGAAAGGUGAUUUGUUAUUGUGUAAAACAGACAUGAAAGAGCUUUUUAAAUGUUUUAAAACUUUUUAAAACUUUUCUGUUUAUGUAAUUGUAUGAUUUGGCCAGAAGCACAGAUCAUGUUGGCAUGUAUUCACUGUAAUCUCUUCUAUGAAGUCAUAAUGAAUGGAUGAAAAUACUGAAUGAAGAUAAAAAAGUUUAUUUGUAUUUAUUAAAGUUAAAUGUCUUUUUUUCCUAUUUUAGUCCUGUUGAUGAUUCUUGUUUAUUCUUGUUUUUGAAUGUUUGAUCUUAUGGUUAUUCAUCAAAAGGAGAAGAAUGUUAAUGUCACUUUUGCAGCUGCAUUGUAAUCUCAUGACUUGAAGAAAAUGGGAGGAUUUGUGAUGAUGUUAAAUGAUUACAAAUAAAAUACGCUCAGUUAGGAAUAAUUAAUAAGUGUGCCUUAUAAUUUCACAGUUAUUGUGUAAACAGAAUAAUAAAGAUUGAACUUAAUAUGA